GGCCCUCGUCUUCAAUUUCUCUUGUAAUCCAUUACGUGCCGAGAAAAUCAUAUCGCUACCACCGACGCCCGACUGUCCACGGUUAUUAAGCUGGUUGCUCGUGAGCAAAUCCUCCUGCCAUGGAUUCAGCUGCUCAACCGCGAGCGCAGCAUGGCAACGGUGUGCCGCAUGGUAAAAUGCCCCAAGGCCAACAGUCGCUGCCACCGCUGUCCUCUCUCACCAACGGAUUGUCCACGGCCGACCAAAGCCCAGGGCAGCAGUCCAAGCAGCCGCCAGAGAGCAGAGAAGUUCGUGACUCGGGCAAUUGGUCCAUUGCCCCCAGCAAACACUCGUCUACAGUCUCUCAACAUAUGGGCCUCCAGGUGCAAACGCUCCUGAACCCCUCAGACGACUCUCCUUCGCGUGCCUCAAUACCAGAGACGCCAUCGUCAGCGAGAUAUCCUUCUGGCUUCUCUCAGUCGUCUCAGCCAAGUGCUUUGCCCUCACUCAACCAAGGGUUUGACAACAGACUAAGUGUCGACGCUAGCUCACAUCUCGAGUCCCGACGCAGCAGUGUAGACAGCCGAAUGAAUGUCGGCAUGGGCCACCUCAGCAUCCAUCCCCAGUCGCCGUACGAAAGCCAAAAUGCAUCCCGAGCCUCGCUUGUGUCCAAUCUUCAGCAGCAACGCGGCAUCUCGAGUUCGGAAAGUCGCCCCAAUGGCACUUCUCCUCUAUCGCCCAAUCGUAACGGCCCGCGUGCCAAUCACCCUCCGCGACGCGCUCCUGUGAUUACUCCGAAUCCGCGAUGUGUGUCUGGCGCACCCGAUCCAACGGCCUCAGCACCAACCAAGGGAUUCGCCUGGGCCUUUCCGGCCGACGAUUUUGAACAUGAAGACAAAAGAGCAUCAAGCAGUGGUGAGUCUAGCAUAGAUCGCUCAAAUGUUCCCUCGCGUCAAAAUAGCAUUGCCACGUCAAUCAAUAGUAGUAUAUAUACUACUGAUUCGCGCUUGCACCCAGGCCAGCCACAGCUGGACCAACGACUAGAUGAUGGCAUGCAACCCGGCCUGUAUACGACAUCAGAUUCACUGACUGGCCCAGACAUUCCAAGUACACAUCAUCACUCGAUGCAACACCGCAGCGUCACAACCCUGCAGAACGUGGACCCUACGAAUCCUUUGACGCCCGGCAGCGGAAGCUACAGUCGAACCCCCGAGCUUCGUGUCAGCCACAAGAUGGCCGAAAGAAAGCGCCGAAGCGAGAUGAAAACUCUGUUUGACGACCUGAACAACAUUCUGCCCAACUCUCCCGGUAGCAAGUCGAGCAAAUGGGAGAUACUUACAAAAGCCAUUGAGUACAUACGAAACCUCACCAGAGCACACCAGAACGCCCGCGAGGAAAUUAGUCGUCUGCGCCCUGACGCUGAAUAUUGCCGCCGAGCGCAAGAAGAAAAUGAGCUACUACGUUCUGAGUUGACUGCCGUCUGGAACGCUCUUCGUCGUGUUGACCCCAGCAGCCCGCACGUCUACGGAAGCAUGACGGGUCAUUUGGCGCAAGGGCAUCCUACAACACCAGGCUCGGGCAGCAACGUGCUUCCUCCCCUACAACAGCAACAGCAACAACAGCCUCACCCCCCACCACCACCACAACCAGCAGCUUCGUGGGCACCACAGCAUGCGACUGCCAUGCAAGGUGUUGAAUUUGGUGGAAUGCGACCAUACGAACACUCGCAUCGCUAA